CAGCUGAGACAGCAACAUCAGGAGUUGAUGGGAAUGACACUGAAACUCAGUGACUGAGCAAUUUCUCAUAAAUUACUUGUCCUGACAUUCCCUUUUGGGAUCUUUCCUGCAGCACUUUGACCCUCAGAGCACAGUGCACACAGGACAGGUUGGUGCUGUGGGGUGCUGUGCUCCCACAGGGGAUGUCUGGGGACAGCAGCCUCUCUGUGUAGGGAGGCCAGUAAUGUGGGGCUGCUCACCUCCCUGCACCAGUGGGGAGAGAUAAGAUCUAACUGAUAAAAUAGGCUGUGGGAGGCACCUGCAGAAUGCCAUGGCAGCAUGGAGAAGCUUGAGUGACCUUGGCAAGAAAUGUCACUUGGUAGACGCCCUAAGGAGAGGAGCUUGCUGGAAUCUUCCAGACACCUGAACAGCACGAGAUCACACCAUAGAAGGAUGAUAAGAAAGAAUUUACAGCAUUACUCAUGUGGCAAUGUGUGGUACUGGGAUUAGAGCAGACUGAUCCUGUCCAGCUGGCCAUGGGUACAAGUGCAGUCACCGUUGCAAUCGUCACUCUACUCGUGAUUGGAUGUACAGUUGUAGGGGUCAAUGGAAGUGUCCUUGGAGGUGUCAUUGGAGCCACAGUGGGAGCAGGAUUGGCAGUGUUUGGCCUCCCGCUGGGCAUCGCUGCACUGGGGUUCACCGGGGCCGGCAUCGCCGCUGGCUCCAUCGCUGCCAAGAUGAUGUCGGCAGCUGCCAUCGCCAACGGCGGCGGAGUGGCUGCUGGCAGCAUUGUGGCCCUACUGCAGUCCCUUGGAGCUGCAGGUCUCUCAAUUUGUGCCAAAGUUGGGCUGGGCUUAGCUGUUGCAGCAAGCUUUGCCUGGCUCACUGGGUGAAAGAAACCUCCAAGUGAUCAAGCUAAAAAAGGUAGAAAAUUCAAGAAGAAAUAACUUGGAUGACAAACAUGAGGAGGAGACAACUCCAGACAAGCAACCCAAGAGAAGCCAAGCAGGUGCCUGAUGCCAAGGCCUUGCCCUGCACAAUGCAGCUGCUGGGAAGCCCCCACAGACCCCUCAGGUCUCUGCCUCCCCUUGUAAAACCUUGUAUUCUUGUGAGCAGCAAUUUCCCUGAAGCCAAUAAAUGUGCUUUGCUUGCAGCAGAGUUGGUGUUCCUGUGUGGCUGCAGCUCAGGGUGAUGGUGGCAUUAGAGGGGGACAGGGCACAGGGGAUGUUGAGUCCCAGGACUGAGCUGCUCGCUGCUGGUGCCCCCAGUUCCCCUGCACUCAGUUUGGGGCAGGGCAGUAGCUACAGCCCGCGCCAGAGGAACAAACCUGAGUGUGAGUGGGAAAUCCACAUGGGCACCACCAGGGGUUGCUGUGCAGGUGAUCAG